AUGCACGAUGUGCCUUUGACAGCUGCUGGUGCUAUCACAAUUGUCACAUCAUCAAGCGAUGAGAAGUUGGAAUUUGUGAAGAACAGAUUUGGUGCAGACUACACCAUUAACGAUAAGACCCACCCAGAGUGGUCUAAGGAGGUACUGAGACUCACCAACGGCGAGGGUGUCGACUACUUUCUCGAGAAUGGCGACUCCGGAACUAUCGCCCAGAGCAUCAACUCGGUCAAGAUGGAUGGAAACGUUUCUGUCAUUGGAUCCCUUUCACAGGCCAAGGAGAUGUCCGAUGUCGCAAGCAUGGCCCUUGCUAAAAGAGCCGUUGUCCGUGGCGUCGUUGUGGGUUCUACUCAGCUUCUGCAGGAAGUUGUGCGCUUCGUCUCCCGCAAGGGUCGGCGUCUGCCGGUAGAGAAGGAAUUCGGCUUCUCUGAGGAGAAUGUCAUAAAAGCAUUUGAGUACCUCACUUCGGGCACUCACAUUGGGAAAGUCUGCAUUAUGCCGUAA